CUGAAUGAUUUUAAUUUAUUUGUCAGGAAUCCAUGCUUUGCUGAUAAAGAAACAAUCUCAUCGCUUUCGUUAACAGAAGUCGAACAUCUUGACACUGUACCAUUUAAUUAUGAUAAAGAAGUGGCUAUAAUUCAAAUUGUUGAUGAUGAAUUGGCUUUAGAAACAGUUAAUUUUGUACAAACUGAAAUUCAAGUAAUGGAAGAAAUUACUGAUUCACAGAUGUUGAUGGCAGUAGCAACAUCUACAGAGUACGUUGAUGAAACCAAUGAAGAUGUAAGCAGUGAAGCACCAAGUAGCAGUACUAGAUCAAUCAGCCCAAUUGACUGUAAAGUACCUCGUAAUUUCCGAGAAAAAAAAGAAAUGUACGGUCGUAAUGCUCCAAAACUUUUCGAGACAUAUCGAGAAGAAUGGGAGCGCAUAGCACACUUAUCGGAUCGACGACGACUUGCUGCAAGUCCAUCACGUCGCAAAUCCAUUCUGCUUUUGACACCAAAACAGUCACGUCCAAGAGAGUCAUCUAAUGAUCGUGGAGAUUUUCACAAUGAUAAUAGUCUAAUCAAUGGUCACAGCAAAAAAUCCUACAAAGAUUAA